AUGUAUGUUCAAUUUUUAGGGGUAGGAGAUCGUCAUCUUGGAAACUUCCUCCUCGACAAAUCAUCAGGUGCCUUGACUGGCAUUGAUUUUGGAUAUGUGUUUGGAGUUAGCCUCAGCCUUCCAUCACCCGAAUAUGUUCCUAUUCGACUAACCUCCAGUCUUCGAGAACUCCUUGAACCUUCCGGGCCAGCAGGACUCUUCGGUUCCAUACUUAGUCGAACCCUCGCAUCUCUUCGGUACAAUUAUGGUCUCUUUCUGUCCACUAUACAGACUUUCAUCAAAGAUAAGUCUACUACUGAUUGGUCGGUAUUUAGCGAACGCUACAACCAAUCGCAAGAAGAAUAUCGACGUUCUCGCCUAUCACUGAUCCGUCGCAAGUUGAUUGGUCAUUGCCCAGCUGAGGUCCUCGUUGAUGAUUUGCGAGCACGUUUUGGUCCUCAGGAAUGGUUCAAUCGAUUCGAGAUGAUAGUUAGGUCUUCAGUUGUAGAUGAUGUCACUAACUUGAAAGGAGCGCUUCCCCCAAAUGAACAGACCAGACGGCUGGUCUGCUUGAGCACUUGUCCUGAAUUGCUGGCGAGAAUGCAUUCGGGUUGGAAUGCUGCUAUGUAG